CCCGAGCUGUAGCCCCUCCACAGGGAAUUGUUAAACUGACAGGGCUGCACCCAUGCGUUUCGGGCCCUCACCCAGCACUUUGUUCAUGUGGCAGUUGUUGCAAGGCAGAACCACUAACAAACUGUUCCUCGUGCCCCAGUUUAUCUGACAUUCCUUGGGACAUUCUUGUGUCGCUGAAAGGCUCCUGUGUCCGUGCAGGUCUCAGAGGAGGGGACAGAACCAGGCGCUGCCCCGCUCUGACCUGGGGGACCGGGGGCUGGGUUUACUUUAGAGACGCAUGCUUGGCUGGGGGGCUCUGUGGUUUCUUGGACGUGAUGUCACCAAGGAGGUGGUUCCUCACUUCAGCUCCUCCUGUCACAUCCAGCUUCGUGCCCACCCCCAUGGCAGGAAGAGACAGGGCCUGGGAGGUGGGCAGCAGCGCACAGCCGAUGGAGCUGGGGUCUGUGGAUAGAUUUCUUCUUUGCUCUCUGUGUGACUCCUAGAAUGGAUGUCCCCACCAGGCGCAGAGUUUGAGUACCAGUUAUUUGGUUCUUAUCUACUUUUGUAACUUGAACUGUACCUUUCCUUAAAAACAAAGUUGCAGAUGGGCUGUCCAGAAAAACCGAUUCUACCUCAUGCAAUAGCCGAAGUACUGCAUAUUUAGCAAGAAAAAAAAGACACACCAUUGUGGCAGAAAGCAGAUCCACUGCACAUGGCAAGCCUUCGGCCCCAACCGUGAACUUGCUGCGGUCAGGGCCCGUGUGGUCGGUGCCCCGCGAAUGGCCGGCACGCAGAUGCUUGGGGCUGCACACUCAGCAGCCUUACAGAUCUCCAUCUGCCGGGAAAUGCCCAGCCUGGAAGUGAUCACACUCAGCGUCAACAGUGUGUCAACCCUGGAGCCCAUGAGCUGGUGCCGGCAGCUGAGUGAGCUGUACCUGCGGAGGAACCGCAUCCCCAGCCUGGCUGAGCUCUUCUACCUGAAGGACCUGCCGCGCCUGCGUGUGCUGUGGCUGGCGGAGAACCCCUGCUGCGGCCCCGACCCCCACCUGUACCGCAUGACCGUGCUGCGCGCCCUGCCGCACCUGCAGACGCUGGACAACCAGACGGUGACCGAGGAGGAGCUGUCCCGAGCGUUGAUGGAGGGAGAGGAGAUUACGGCGCCCGACAGAGGGGGCACCGGGAACGGCGGGCCAGAGCCCUACACCCUGAGCACCAUGAAUGCCACUGCUGAGACCCAAGGGGACCUGCUGAGCUUCAGCGAGGAGGCCAGCAGCAGCGCCCAGGGGCAGCUCUGCCUGAAGCCCCUGGCCCGGAACCGGUUUCUUCCCUUCUCACAGAGGGAGGCUGUGAAAAGUCACAAGAACAGGAACAAUGUCCUGGCUGCCAUCCUGCUGCUGCUGCAGGACCUGGACACCGAGGCGCUGGAGGCCGUGCACCAGACUGUGGUCAGCCGGCUGCAGGCCCUGCACAAACAGGGCCUGCAGGAGGACAUGGAGUGACCCGGCAGGGACCCCGAGCUGCCAGGCCCUCCUUGGGACCCUGUGCUGAAGUCCCAGCAUCUUCCUGUGCACCUGGGAGGUAGGGGUGAUUGCCACAGCCGCGGCCUCCCCUGGACCCGGGCUGAGUUCCAGCACCGCGGGCUGCGUCCUCAGGAGGCCUCAGGCCGCCCUGAGCUGUCACUGUGGAUGGCCCCUGGCGAGGCCAGCAGGGGCAUCAGGCGCUGGCUGCAGCCCCGCUCCCAUGCUCGCCUGUACGGGAGGCGAGGCUCAACUCAGCUCUCCCUAAUAAACCUUUCCCAAAGCUCCACCUGGGAGCGCUUUCCUGUGCCAGACGUGGCCUUGACCUUGUUUUUAAAGGUGAGAGCCAUUGCUCAUGCGUGUUUUCCCUGGUCAGGCCUCUGACGGCUAUGCGGGGAUUUCUGGACCAGGGGAGCCUCCCAGAACCCUGGCCUUACAGACGGGCUCCCCAUCGGGUUCACGUCGCACAUGCACAGCACAGCUGCCCUGGGGGACGCCUGGUUUGGCUGGCGGGCUGGGAGGAAGGCGCUCGCAGUGAUUCAGGGUUGUUGGUGCAGACCCUGUAUGAGCGGCCUUGGAGGGACAGGCCUGCGCCUCUGCUUAGGGACCCAGGUGUGCCACAGGUGAAGCAGCUGGGUGGUAACUUCCUCUGGGAAGUCGCAGGCCUUGCCUUGAUGCACAGGACCCAGGUGGCGACGCUGCAGCCCUGGGGGGCCUCCCAAGUGCCCCCAAAAGCCAAGCAUGUGUCCGCGUGGAAGGGGAGCAGUGUGGCCUCCCAGCCUUUAGGGAAAAGCCCCUCCUUACCGGUGUUGAAACGACAGGACUGGAGAGCACACCGGGAAGCUCCCUCCGCCCGUCCCGUCGGGGCGGGAAUGCCCACGGCCUCGUGUGAGCUGAUGGCACUAGCUUGUGUGACAGCCGCACAGCUUAAGGGGCGACCACCUCAGUGUAUGCAAGGCCAGCAGCCAGGGACAGAGUGACCGCGCCUGGGAGACCACGGUCCUCCUUCACGGUGGAGCCACCGUGGUGCGAGCUGUUUUCACACCGCUGAAGGCCGCCGCACGCAGGACUGGGGGAGCCUGGGUGGAGGUGGGGCUUUAACUGUGGGGCUCUUUUGUAGCUUGUGGGGACAACAGGUGAGCUCCGGGUCGCCACCUGGGGCCAUGUGGAAGGGCUGAGGGCGUGUCUUCCUGUAAUUAGGGAGGUUGGAUGCUCUCAAUAAAGCUGUGCCUUGGUUCCAACAA